AUGUCAACCAAACCUACACUGGGCUAUUGGGACAUCCGUGGCCUGGCUCAGCCAAUACGUCUGAUGUUGUACUACGCGGGGGUGGACUUUGUGGAGAAACAGUACAAACACUCGGAACGGGAUGUAUGGCUGUCAGACAAACCUAACUUAGGGCUCGACUUCCCUAACCUUCCCUAUUAUAUCGACGGUGACGUAAAAAUAAGUCAAUCCAAGGCUAUCUUGAACUACGUGGCCCGAAAGCAUGGACUGGUGGCCAGGGAUGACAGGGAACUCAUAAAGCAAGAGAUAGUUGCCGAGCAAUUGAGAGAUAUUAGGAUGAAAUUUCUUAUGGGAGUUGUAUUUAGUGAUAAAGAUCCGGCUGAUACUAAGGAUGGGUAUAUCACUGGUGUCUUGAUUCCCCAUUUGGAUGAUUUGGUUAAAUUUUUGGGCGAUAAACAGUGGUUGACUACAAGCUUAUCGUAUGUGGACUUUCUUGCCUAUGAACUGCUGGACUCGUUUAGACUGUUUACACCGGAAACUAUAGCUAAGUAUCCAGUGAUUGGCCGGUAUUUAGACCGUUUUGAAGCCUUACCGACCAUUAAAAGCUACCAGAGCUCUGAAAAAUAUAAACAGUGGCCCGUGCUAUCACCCGGAGCCAAAUGGGGUUAUAAUAAGUAG